CGACUAAUAAUUAGAAGAUAAUUGACACACCUUUUGAUAUUAAUAAGACUAAACGUAUUACCCUUCUUAAGAAAUUCAAUUUAAAACACCAUAUUCGCGCGUUUUCUGAAAAUCGAUGCGAUGGUAAUCGUUUGUAGAUCCUGGAGUUCAGGGGUCACUCGCGAACAGCGCUGUGGAAGGAGACGGUUCUAAAAUCAUCUGUUUAUUUACAAUGUUUCUCUUUAUCUUUACCGAUUUACUCAUGCGCUACAUUACAAACUGCUUACCCAGUUAAUAAAUCUGUAUACCGUUUCGCUAUAUUCUCUCUUUUACGUCCAGAAUUAAACCUGACCAACGGCAAAUUGAUAAGUUGUUAGCCACUAAGACUUAUUUUAGUUUUCUGAUCAGGUGUUAUAAAGAGAAGAGUUUCAACUGCUGGUCAGAAGCAUAUACAGAAUAUACUAUCAACAUGCAGGAAUUAAUCGCGUGUGUCGACCACAUCAAGUUUGAUCUUGAAAUCGCUGUCGAACAACAGUUGGGCGCUCAGCCCCUGCCUUUCCCAGGAAUGGACAAGUCUGGAGCAGCUGUGUGCGAGUUCUUCAUGAGAGCCGCCUGUAUGAAAGGUGGAAUGUGUCCUUUCAGACACAUCAGUGGAGAAAAGAGCGUGGUGUGCAAACACUGGCUGAGGGGCUUAUGCAAGAAAGGAGACCAAUGUGAAUUUUUACAUGAGUAUGAUAUGACAAAGAUGCCUGAAUGUUAUUUCUACUCUAAAUUUGGGGAGUGCAGUAAUAAAGAGUGUCCAUUUUUGCACAUUGACCCAGAAUCUAAGAUUAAAGAUUGCCCCUGGUAUGAUAGGGGCUUUUGUAAGCAUGGUCCGGAUUGCAGGCACAGACACACAAGAAGAGUCAUCUGUGUAAAUUACCUUGUUGGCUUCUGCCCGGAGGGCAAGUCAUGCAAAUUUAUGCACCCAAGAUUUGAACUCCCUAUGGGUGCAACUGAACAGCCACCAUUACCACAACAGGCUCAGUCUCAGCAAAAGCAAAACAUGCAGCCCACAAACCGGUCCUCACACUCACUCAUCCAGUUAACCAACACCAAUGUCAACAACAACCAGAGAAUGCCGAAUGCUGUUGGGAUAGUGCACUCUAACAACAUGGGUGGACCUCGAGGUCCCCGUCCACUGGAUCAAGUUACGUGUUACAAGUGCGGUGAGAAGGGCCAUUACGCAAACAAAUGCUCAAAAGGACACCUGGCGUUUUUGAGUGGACAGUAAAGUUUUCUACAAAAGGAUCUCCAAUAAAUGCGACUAUAACUUGCUAA